CCAAUAGGAGGGCAGCCUCCAGUUGGCCGCGGCGCCGGGAUGCUGAUUGUAGUGGUGGCGGGAUGGUGAGCCCAGAAUCUGACUCAUACAUGGACACGAGUCGCUGUGGUGGAUUUCAUACAGUUUCCUUGGACGAUGUUUGACCUGAAGAAGGACUGGAGCAUCUCUUUCGCGGGUUGCGGGUUCAUGGGGAUUUAUUACGUCGGUGCCACCGGCUGCAUCCUCGAGCGGUUCCCUCGCUUCGUGGAGGACGCGUCGAAAAUCUACGGCUCGUCGGCAGGUGCCUUGAUGGCGGCUGCGCUCACCACCGGGACCCCCCUGGAGAAAUGCUGCGCUGAUUUGAUGGGCAUGGCUCGACAGGCAAGAAAGCACAAACUGGGGCCGCUGCACCCAGCGUUCAACCUGCUGCAGAUGGUGCUGGACGCUCUGCAGCGAAGCCUUCCAGAAGACGCACAUGUCCGAGCCUCUGGGAGGCUCUGCGUGUCCCUGACCCGGGUUCCCGAUGGGAAGAAUGUACUCGUGUCGGAGUUUGACAGCAGGGAGGAGCUCAUUCAGACCCUCUUAUGCAGCUGCUUUGUCCCUUUCUACUGUGGUGUUGUUCCACCCACCUACAGAGGAUUGCAUUACGUGGACGGCGCCAUCAGUGACAACCUGCCCCGGUGUCACCUGAAAAACACCAUAACAUUUUCUGCGUAUGCCGGUGAGAGUGACAUCUGCCCUCCAGCGAGCACGCUCAACUUGCAUGAGGUGCGCUUCAACAACGUCAGCAUCCACGUCAGCUCGGAGAACAUGCACAGAGUGGCCAGCACCUUCUUCCCCCCCGAGCCAGAGGCAAUGUCUCAAAUCUGCCAGACUGGCUAUGUAGAUGCUCUCCGCUUCCUGCAAGACAACAGUCUGAUCAGCAGCGAGUGUCCACCGAGAGUUCUGGAGACGGACUCACCAAGAGUCGCGUGCUGUGAGCUGCUGAAGGAGCGGGCCGACGCUGAAGAGUCCCGUGAGAACACGCAGCAGAACGGACUGAGACCUCCGCAGGCAGAGCACCUGUGGCUGGAUCCACAGCUCGUAGAGAGGCUUCCAGUUCACAUCAGAAGGGCGUUGUGUGAGGCCUGUAGAGAAUCACAUACAACUGAGGGUCUGUUGUCCCACGUGGCCGAUUACCUGCCAAAGAAAGUCACGUCAUACCUGCAGAUCCCCCGCACUCUGCCAGUUGAGUCGGCCUUCUCUCUGGCCAACAGGUUGGUGGAUUGGAUCCCAGAUGUGCCCAAGGACAUGAGCUGGCUCUAUGGCCUGGCUGAAGACCUGUACAAACAAGCUUGGAAGGACAGGGUGGAGGACAAUGACGGGGAAUCAGCCCUGCGCAGAUGUACAAGCCUGCCAUUAGUUCUGAACAUGUGCGGUGAGGUGGACCACAUGCCCCUGACUCCACCGCCCACUCCCCGGUGGGGAGCGACCACAGAGUCCCCUACAAAUGCAGGUGGAGGCUGGGGUCUGGGUAGAGCUGUGGGGUGGAUCCGAAACGUCACAUUGGAGCAAACCUCAAACUGCAAGAAAACUGAUGAAUCAAUGUCCCUCAAGUAAUUAAGUUAAAUGCUGCACUGAAAGAGAAGAAAGUGGAAAAUGUUGAAUAAAAGAAUAUAAACAUG